GAACAUAAAGUGAAUUUUGAACCAUUGAGAAGACAUUCCGCUUCUCUUGAGCCAGUGGUUGAACUCAUAUUCUUGGACAACCUGCUCCAGAGGGAGACCCUCUGUUAAAUGCUGACCUAAUGUGGAUGGUUGAAGCAGUGGUGUUUCAGUGAAAACUUCAUUGGAAUUGUUCUCAGCUCUGAAAUGCACCAUUGACUGGAGCAGUAAUAAGCCCAAUGGAGACAGGGCUGUAAGUGUGUUCCUUCUGAAUGUUAACAGCUGGAGGUCCAUACUAUCUCCAAGGAUUUGAAGGCCUUUAAAAACUAAAGAAAAAAACAGAUUGCUGCUAAAAUUGAUUCAAUUCCUCACUUGAAUAAUUCCACACCUCUAGUGGACCCCUCAGUAUAUGGAUAUGGAGUACAAAAACGGCCCUUGGAUGAUGGAGUAGGUAACCAGUUAGGGGCCUUGGUACAUCAAAGGACAGUAAUAACGGAAGAAUUCAAAGUGCCUGACAAAAUGGUUGGAUUUAUUAUUGGCAGGGGAGGUGAGCAGAUUUCACGGAUUCAAGCAGAAUCUGGUUGCAAAAUUCAGAUUGCUUCAGAGAGUUCUGGGAUUCCAGAGAGGCCCUGUGUACUUACCGGAACCCCAGAAAGUAUUGAACAAGCCAAACGACUCCUGGGGCAGAUUGUGGACCGCUGUCGAAAUGGACCUGGCUUUCAUAAUGACAUAGACAGCAACAGCACAAUCCAGGAGAUUCUCAUUCCCGCAUCUAAAGUGGGUCUUGUCAUCGGCAGAGGAGGGGAAACAAUCAAGCAGUUGCAGGAGCGGACAGGUGUGAAGAUGGUCAUGAUCCAGGACGGCCCAUUGCCCACGGGAGCAGACAAGCCUCUUCGUAUCACUGGAGACCCAUUUAAAGUACAGCAAGCAAGAGAAAUGGUACUAGAGAUUAUCCGAGAAAAAGACCAAGCUGACUUUCGGGGUGUACGCGGUGACUUCAGCUCCCGAAUGGGAGGAGGCAGUAUAGAGGUGUCUGUGCCUAGGUUUGCUGUGGGGAUUGUAAUAGGAAGAAACGGGGAAAUGAUCAAAAAGAUCCAGAAUGAUGCUGGUGUGAGGAUCCAGUUUAAACCAGACGAUGGGAUUAGUCCAGAAAGAGCUGCACAGGUCAUGGGCCCUCCCGAUCGGUGUCAGCAUGCAGCGCACAUCAUCAACGAGCUGAUUCUUACAGCCCAGGAAAGAGAUGGCUUUGGAGGCCUGGCAGUAGCCAGAGGAAGAGGUCGUGGCCGUGGCGACUGGAGCGUGGGAGCCCCUGGUGGCGUCCAGGAGAUAACAUACACAGUGCCAGCUGAUAAGUGUGGCCUGGUCAUAGGCAAAGGGGGCGAGAACAUCAAAAGCAUCAACCAGCAGUCAGGGGCGCAUGUGGAGCUCCAGAGGAACCCCCCUCCCAACAGCGACCCCAACCUUCGGAGAUUCACCAUCAGGGGGGUUCCCCAGCAGAUCGAGGUGGCCAGGCAGCUCAUAGACGAGAAAGUUGGCGGGACCAGCCUUGGAGCACCUGGAGCCUUUGGACAGAGCCCCUUCAGCCAGCCACCUGCCCCACCUCAUCAAAACACCUUUCCUCCAAGGAGCUCUGGGUGCUUCCCAAACAUGGCUGCCAAGGUGAACGGAAACCCCCACAGCACCCCCGUGAGUGGUCCUCCGGCCUUUCUGACCCAGGGCUGGGGCAGCACCUACCAGGCAUGGCAGCAGCCCACACAGCAGGUCCCAAGCCAGCAGAGCCAGCCGCAGAGCAGCCAGCCCAGCUACAGCAAGGCCUGGGAAGACUAUUACAAAAAGCAGAGUCACGCCGCCAGCACGGCUCCUCAGGCCAGCUCCCCGCCGGACUACACAAUGGCCUGGGCGGAAUAUUACAGACAGCAGGUCGCUUUCUACGGGCAGACAUUAGGACAGGCACAGGCCCAUAGCCAGGAGCAGUAGGACAGCAUCCUUGCGGCCACCUUCCCCUCGAAUCAUGGUGAAAGAAAACCUGUUUGUAACAGAGGUUUUUAGAUGUGCAGACCUUUCGAUGAAGAACCUUUGUUUUGUUCUGUGAAACACUAUAUUUAGAUUAACGGAACUUUUCUAAAAAUCGGGAAAAUUAGUUACUAAAAAUUGCUGAUCAUUUUGUUUGUUAUUUCAAGUGUGUAAGCUCUGGGGCUCUCUUUGGAGCCAUAGCUGCACGUUCAGGCACCAGAGUGCGCCUCAGAGCUGUGACAUUUCAACACGAAGCUUUUGCUUGGGUUUUGUUUUUGUUUCGUGUCCUUUUAUUUGCAGUUUUUUCUGUUGCAACAGAAAGUGGCUUGGAAGUCUUAGGUGGUAUGUAACAAAUUCUUUUUAAAAAAUUUAAAGCAGUAUUUAAGUAUUCUUAAAUGUGUACAUUCAUUAAAUGUUUUACUUCUAAUUUCUUGUAUCUUGGCUGUCUGGUUUAUUGCAUUUUUUUAAAAACUGAACUAUUAUGUAUUGUAAUUAAUUAUGUGAAUUCUGAAUUGAGACAGAUAAUUGUAUUGCUGUCUGACAGGGUUGGGAGGGGCAUUUUCUAGGGUCUGUAUAAUUUCUAGAGUUCUAAAGGGGUAAUAUAAAAUGUGUUCAUGUGUUUAGCAUACGUUUUUUUCAUGUCUCCAUUACCAGUUGCAAUUGUGUAUCUAAGACCUCCAAGCUUGUUUUUAAAACAACACAAAAAACCUGUCUCUAUUCUCUCAGAAAUAUAAAUACUGUUAUUUUUAAUAUUAAGAAAUUCAGUAUAACUUUUAAACAAACACUGUGGAACAUUAAACCGUAUAAAAACGUAGUUAACUAUUUUUAAUUCCAAGGUGGUGUUUGCUUUCUUCUUUUAAAUAUUUUCUUAAUAUUUGUCAGAUUAACUAGAUGAAUAAAUAAAUCUAGUAUUAACCUCAGUAUGAAUUAAAUAAGUUUGAUUUAAUAAAAGGGGAUAAUAUGAUUUCCAAUGUUUACUGUAGUGUAUCUUGUACAGAUAACAUGUAUUUUAAAGGAAAAAAACGGAAUUGAGGCUAUUUUUUCUUGCAUUUCUAAUUGACCUGAGGGACAUUCCGUUCGAAAUGUACUGAAGUUAGUUUCUGGUUUUUUCUCCUUAUUUUUCUUAUAAUGCUUGAAAUGUCUAACUAUUAAAAAAGACAAUUGAAAAUGUUAUGCAUGUAUGUGGUUUUUUUAAAAAAGAAAGUGUUUUUAUUUGACUGACAAUUCAUUUUACACUCUAUAUAAUAAAAUUUCCACAAGACAUCUUGUGGGCAAAGUC